AUGAAGGUUGCACUUCUAGGCGUCGCCCUCCUCUGUGGGUUCCUGCUUGUGCAGGCUCGUCCUCCAAAGGGAAAGAAAGGGGGCGAAAGAGAUGAUUUGGAAAUUGAUCUUCUUGAGCGUAUGUUGGAUGAAAUAGAAGGUGGUGAUAAGAAACAACUGAAAGGUGAUAAUGAUAAGGAAGGAAAACAAAAACGACCUCCGCCAAGACGUGACGAUGGAGACGACAAGGAUGGUGAUCGCAAAAGACCACCACCUCGACGGAACGGAGAUGAUGAGGAUGAUGAUAAAAAGGGUGGCAAACGACGACCACCACCCCGACGUGAUGGCGGAGAUGAUGAGGACAGUGACCGCAAACGACCCCCCAAAAAGGAAGAGCGCGAAAACGAAGAGGGUGGACGCCGACGAAGACCUCCUCCAAGAGAUGAACGAGAGAAUGAGGAAAAGGGUGAUCGUCGCAAAAAACCCCGAGGAGAUGGCAAAGAUGAUGACGAUGAUGAUAAAAAGGAUGGCAAACGACGACCACCACCCCGACGUGAUGGCGGAGAUGAUGAGGACAGUGACCGCAAACGACCCCCCAAAAAGGAAGAGCGCGAAAACGAAGAGGGUGGACGCCGACGAAGGCCUCCUCCAAGAGAUGAACGAGAGAAUGAGGAAAAGGGUGAUCGACGCAAAAAACCCCGAGGAGAUGGCAAAGAUGAUGACGAUGAUGAUAAAAGGGGUGGCAAACGACGACCACCACCCCGACGUGAUGGCGGAGAUGAUGAGGACAGUGACCGCAAACGACCCCCCAAAAAGGAAGAGCGUGAAAACGAAGAGGGUGGACGCCGACGAAGGCCUCCUCCAAGAGAUGAACGAGAGAAUGAGGAAAAGGGUGAUCGUCGCAAAAAACCCCGAGGAGAUGGCAAAGAUGAUGACGAUGAUGAUAAAAAGGGUGGCAAACGACGACCACCACCCCGACGUGAUGGCGGAGAUGAUGAGGACAGUGACCGCAAACGACCCCCCAAAAAGGAAGAGCGUGAAAACGAAGAGGGUGGACGCCGACGAAGACCUCCUCCAAGAGAUGAACGAGAGAAUGAGGAAAAGGGUGAUCGUCGCAAAAAACCCCGAGGAGAUGGCAAAGAUGAUGACGAUGAUGAUAAAAAGGGUGGCAAACGACGACCACCACCCCGACGUGAUGGCGGAGAUGAUGAGGACAGUGACCGCAAACGACCCCCCAAAAAGGAAGAGCGCGAAAACGAAGAGGGUGGACGCCGACGAAGACCUCCUCCAAGAGAUGAACGAGAGAAUGAGGAAAAGGGUGAUCGUCGCAAAAAACCCCGAGGAGAUGGCAAAGAUGAUGACGAUGAUGAUAAAAAGGGUGGCAAACGACGACCACCACCCCGACGUGAUGGCGGAGAUGAUGAGGACAGUGACCGCAAACGACCCCCAAAAAAGGAAGAGCGCGUAAACGAAGAGGGUGGACGCCGACGAAGACCUCCUCCAAGAGAUGAACGAGAGAAUGAGGAAAAGGGUGAUCGUCGCAAAAAACCCCGAGGAGAUGGCAAAGAUGAUGAUGAUGAUGAUGAUGAUAAAAAGGGUGGCCGACGAAGACCACCACCCCGACGUGAUGGCGGAGAUGAUGAGGACAGUGACCGCAAACGACCCCCCAAAAAGGAAGAACGUGAAAAUGAAGAGGGUGGACGCCGACGAAGACCUCCUCCAAGAGAUGAAAGAGAAAAUGAAGAAAAGGGUGAUCGAUGCAGAAAACCUCCAAAACGUGAUGACGGAGAUGAUGAAAAAGGUGGCAAACGAAGACGGCCAUCAAAGGAGGAUCGCGAUUAA